AAAAAUCAUAUAUAACUAACGUCGAAAUUGCGCCACAUUCAAUGACUUUCUGAAGUGUAAAUUAUUUCCUAAUCUUUGAAAUGUUUCAUUUUACUAGUUGCAUAAUUUUAUUAUUGAGUCUAUUAUUCUGUGCCAUGAGCGAUGAUGAAAAAUCCAAUUGUGUUAAACCUUGUCCUCUUGAGUUCAAGCCAAUUUGUGCAACCAUUGAAGGUGCAGAAGGCAAGCCGAUAGGUUGUUCCUUUGAAAAUGAUUGUUUUUUGGAAAUGUUUACGUGUGUGUAUGGCAAAAAAGAAAUUGAACAAAAGCCAGAAAUUUGUCCAGAUUUUCUACCUGAAUGUAAAAAUAUUAUAAUGCGUGUAAUGUCAGCUAUAGAAUUUGAAUAAAGUAUUUGCUGAAAAUGUAUACCUACGUUUCAUAA